AUGGGCUGCGCCCCCAGCAUCCACGUCUCGCAGAGCGGCGUGAUCUACUGCCGGGACUCGGACGAGUCCAACUCGCCCCGCCAGACCACGAGCGUGUCGCAGGGCCCCGCGGCCCCCCUGCACGGCCUCUUCGUCCAGACCGACGCCGCCGACGCCGUGCCCCCGAGCCGCGCGUGCGGACCCCCUGGCGCCGCCCGCGUCCGCAGGGCCCGCGCCGAGCUGGGCAGCGGCAGCAGCGUGGGCUCCGCGGCCCCCGCCGCGACCACCUGCAGGGGCCGGAGGCGCCACUGCUGCAGCAGCGCGGAGGCCGAGACCCAGACCAGCUACACCAGCGUCAAGCAGGUUUCUUCCGCGGAGGUACGCAUCGGGCCCAUGAGACUGACACAGGAUCCUAUUCAGGUUUUGCUGAUCUUUGCAAAGGAGGAUAGUCAGAGUGAUGGCUUCUGGUGGGCCUGUGACAGAGCCGGUUAUAGGUGCAACAUUGCUCGGACCCCGGAGUCAGCCCUUGAAUGCUUUCUAGAUAAACAUCAUGAGAUUAUUGUCAUCGAUCAUCGACAGACUCGAAACUUUGAUGCAGAAGCGGUGUGCAGGUCGAUCCGGGCCACAAACCCCUCAGAGCACACGGUGAUCCUUGCGGUGGUUUCACAAGCAUCAGGUGACCAUGAAGAGGCCUCAGUCCUCCCUCUUCUGCACGCGGGCUUCAACAGGAGAUUUAUGGAGAAUAGCAGCAUAAUUGCUUGCUAUAAUGAACUGAUUCAAAUAGAACAUGGGGAAGUUCGCUCACAGUUCAAAUUACGGGCCUGUAAUUCAGUUUUUACAGCAUUAGACCACUGUCAUGAAGCCAUCGAGAUAACAAGCGAUGACCACGUGAUUCAGUACGUCAACCCAGCCUUUGAACAGAUGAUGGGCUACCACAAAGGCGAGCUCCUGGGGAAAGAACUCGCAGAGCUGCCCAAAAGCGACAAGAACCGGGCAGACCUUCUCGACACCAUCAACACGUGCAUCAAGAAGGGCAAGGAGUGGCAAGGGGUUUACUAUGCCAGACGGAAAUCCGGGGACAGCAUCCAACAGCACGUGAAGAUCACCCCAGUGAUUGGCCAAGGAGGGAAAAUUAGGCAUUUUGUCUCCCUCAAGAAACUGUGCUGUACCACUGACAACAACAAGCAGAUUCACAAGGUUCAUCGGGAUUCAGGAGACAAUUCUCAGACAGAGCCUCAUUCAUUCAGAUACAAGAACAGGAGGAAAGAGUCCAUUGAUGUGAAGUCGAUAUCAUCGCGAGGCAGUGAUGCACCAAGCCUACAGAAUCGUCGCUAUCCGUCCAUGGCAAGGAUCCAUUCCAUGACCAUCGAGGCUCCCAUCACAAAGGUUAUAAAUAUAAUCAAUGCAGCCCAAGAAAACAGCCCCGUCACAGUAGCAGAAGCCUUAGACAGAGUUUUAGAAAUUUUACGGACCACAGAACUGUACUCCCCUCAGCUGGGUACCAAAGAUGAAGAUCCUCACACCAGUGAUCUCGUUGGAGGCCUGAUGACUGAUGGCUUGAGAAGGCUGUCAGGAAACGAGUAUGUGUUCACUAAGAAUGUGCACCAGAGUCACAGUCACCUUGCGAUGCCAAUAACCAUCAACGAUGUCCCCCCUUGUAUUGCUCAAUUACUUGAUAAUGAGGAAAGCUGGGAGUUCAACAUCUUUGAAUUGGAAGCUGUUACACAUAAAAGGCCAUUGGUUUACCUGGGCUUAAAGGUCUUUUCCCGGUUUGGAGUAUGUGAGUUUUUACACUGUUCUGAAACUACACUUCGGGCCUGGCUCCAAGUGAUUGAAGCCAACUACCACUCCUCCAAUGCUUACCAUAACUCCACCCAUGCCGCCGAUGUCCUGCACGCCACUGCCUUCUUCCUUGGAAAGGAAAGAGUGAAGGGAAGCCUCGAUCAGCUGGACGAGGUGGCAGCACUGAUUGCGGCCGCGGUCCACGACGUGGAUCACCCGGGAAGGACCAACUCUUUCCUGUGCAACGCAGGCAGUGAACUUGCCGUGCUCUAUAAUGACACCGCUGUCUUGGAGAGUCACCACACAGCCCUGGCCUUCCAGCUCACGGUCAAGGACAGCAAAUGCAACAUUUUCAAGAAUAUUGACAGGAACCAUUAUCGAACACUGCGCCAGGCUAUUAUCGACAUGGUUUUAGCAACGGAAAUGACAAAACACUUUGAACAUGUGAACAAAUUUGUGAACAGCAUCAACAAGCCAAUGGCAGCUGAGUCUGUUUUCCAGAUUGAGGGCAGCGACUGUGAAUGCAACCUUACUGGGAAGAACUUUCCUGAAAACCAAAUCCUGAUCAAGCGCAUGAUGAUCAAGUGUGCUGACGUGGCCAACCCCUGCCGGCCCCUGGACCUGUGCAUUGAAUGGGCCGGGAGGAUCUCUGAGGAGUAUUUUGCACAGACUGAUGAAGAGAAGAGACAGGGGCUCCCCGUGGUGAUGCCAGUGUUUGACCGGAACACCUGCAGCAUCCCCAAGUCCCAGAUCUCCUUCAUUGACUACUUCAUCACAGACAUGUUUGAUGCCUGGGACGCCUUUGCACAUCUGCCAGCCCUGAUGCAACAUCUGGCCGAUAACUACAAGCACUGGAAGACGUUAGAUGACCUCAAGUGCAAAAGUCUGAGGCUUCCAUCUGACAGCUAAAGCCAAGACAGAGAAGGGGAGCUCUUGAUCUGCAGAGGCACCGGGAAGCACAGUAGUGUCAAGAGGCUUUCCUUCAUCAUGAGAAUGGCAGGGAUAGGUUAAGGAGCUAAUGUUUAACAUUGGACUUUGAAUCAUUCAAGUCCCCAAAUUUCAUUUUUAGAAAGUUAUGUUCCAUGAAGAAAAAUAUACGUUCUUUUGAACAAUCACUUAGUGGCAGAACAAACACAAGGCACAAUCCUUGGCCCUGCUGUCAUCCUCUGUACCCUCGCCAAACCAUGGAGCUGAUUCACUGUAACUAGCAGGACACAGCGGCAAGACUUGGUGCCUCUGAGCUCAUCUCUCUGGAUGACAACCAAGUAGCUUAGCUAGUGUUCACCUCAUCUCUUAUCAUAAAAGUCACCGUCACUGUUUAACUUGACUAUUUUCCUCAAGAGUAUGUCUGAAGGAUUCAUAAGAAUAUCUAAGAAAAAAAAUCAUACAAAAUGAGCAAAACAACCGGGACCAAAUUACUGAUAAAUUAGUUAGCUUCACCUCAAUGGCUAGGUGGUUCUUCUGAUGUAUAGUGUGACACCCAAUUUAAAACACAGCCUUGGCCUGGUGAGUGCCUUCUCUAGACUGGGAGCAGCCUGUGUAGCCCUCUUUCCUGUAAAAGGGAUUCAUCGUAAAGAAAGCCACCCAUGAUGGGGAAGGGAGGGACAUCUUGUUUUGGGGGAAUCCAUGAGCUUCCCUUAUUUCUGGUUUAUAGAGGCAGUCACGAGGUACUAUAGUGAGUAUUAUAUAAAAGCCAUUAAAUCUGAAUGCCCUUGGACAAGCUUUUUUUAAAAAGAUAAAAUUUAUAUACAUUUGCUGUUUAAAAUUUUUAUUAAAGCAAUCUAAAUUUUCUGGGCACAAGUCCAUGGAGUAUGUUGUGCCAUCUACCCUCUAUACGUAUAUAUCGGGGAGGGGACGGGGGAGUUUCAGAUGUUUUAACCUAUCUAUAUUUGAGAUCAUGCCAUUUUGCUUUAAUGAUGUUAAAAAAAAAAAGACUGCAAGAUGUGUAAAUAUAUCAGAAAAUAGGCAUAUGGGGAAGCAGUAAAUACUAUUUUAAGCUAUUAAUUGUAUGCUAAAAGCUUCUAAAGCACAAGUGCAUAUUUUUAUACAACUCUUUUCACAACUUUCUGUGAUCCACAUAAAGUCAGACUUGAGAUUUUCCUUUUUUCUUUUCUUCCUUCCUCUUACCAACCAACCCUUCUCUAUGUAGUAUAAAUAUUAGAAACUCAGUAAACAAAAUAUCUUCAUUUUCGUUUCAAAUUCUCUGUACUCCAAUCUGCAUUUUUAAGAGGUAUACACAGACCGAAUUAAUUGAAUCAGUACUUACUUUUUUCAAAUGAAAAUUGGAAUGCAGAACACUUGAAACUAGUACAUGGGAAGUAAAAAAAAAUGACUUAUCACUACAUAAUGUGCCAAUGUUUUUUCUAUAUUUUGUACCAAAAAAUUGAAACAUAUAUGCUAAUUCCAUGCAAAGAAAUGUAUCUAAAUUAUUUUUGUUAGAUGCUAAGAGAACUUGCUUGCUCAGGUCAGCAGCUAGCUUUGUAUUGUAAUGCUGCAUUAUGUAAAUGUGAUGAAAAUGUUUUUGUGAAGUACUUGUAACUAAAUUCCUACAGCCAUUUUUCAUUCCCAACAGCUGUUUUUAUUUUACCUCUUUGGCCUAAAUUUUUCAUAAUUUCAAAAUUUCGGUUUAGUGUCCUUUAUUUCGUGAGUCACACACUUUGUUUUCAGGACACAUUAAAUUCAGGAUGUCAGAAUACCAUUUUAAGGAGCUAAAUAAUUUGCCUAAGCUUCAGAAGCUUGCUUGAGGCAAGGACAGGCUUUUCCUGACCGUCUCGCCUUCAGUUCCAUUUGGUAAGUAACAUUUAUGAGAUGUCUGACAUUUUCUAUAUGAACGUUACAGCUUACUCAGUGUAAUGUCAAACUGAUUUCAUAUUAACUAAAAUGUUAAAUGCUUUAAGACUGCCACGUGCUCGAGCUUUAGCACAGCUCUGCUCUUGAUCAGUGUAACCUACUAUGGUGGAAUCUUCUACUGAACUGCUAACUAAAUAGUGCAUUCCUCCAACCAGUCAAUUUAUUAGAACAUAGUCUUUCAGAUGGUAUGUGUAUCAGAUGGGUAUAAAUUAUUAUAAUUGCCUCUUUUACCAAGUUGUUUACUAAAACAUUCUGUGUUGAGGGGAGCCAUAUUAGUUUAGGAAAAUGCAGUACUGUCUAAGACAGAGAGAAGUCACAUUGUUACUACUACUUAACCAGAAGAAGUUAGUUAUAAAACAUUGUUACCUGGACUAGAAUGACCCUAUAAUUUAACUAAGUCAUUCUUUACUUGCAAUUUAAGAUUUUAAAAUUUACUUGCCUUCAGAGUCAGGACUGGUUAGUCUUAUGGGCCAACAAGCCGCAUCAGUUCAACCAGAACCACUCAACUUGAGACAGAUGAAAGGAAGGGAUGACAGAAUGCCCUUGAAGUUUAGGUUCUUGAUUGUGUUAUGUGAAUACAGCUGGAGAAGGAGGUAAUGAGGGUACUUUUAAAUAAAAAUGACAAGGCACACUACACAGUGUUACUUCUGGUGUUGCAAAUAUAAUAGCAUUGAAAGCCAAGCUAGGGAAAUGGAAAAAAUGCACAUAAUAUAUGUUGAUCUCAAUUACAAUUCUUCUAAAUUGAAAGUUUUACAUACAAGAACUGAGCAGCCAUCAAGUCUGAGCCCCUACUAAAAUCUCCUAUCUUGCUGUUUUUCUCCAUCUCUCUGACCUUAGGGCAUUCAUGAAAGCAAAAACCACCAAGUCCAGUGAAUGGUUUGGAGAGUUACUCAGGGAGGAGAACCAACUAAAGUGCAAUACCAGAGGGAUUGACAGUGGUACUGAGGGUAAUAUUUGCUCCCAAAACUCACCUGUGGUUUGUAUCACUCCAUGGAAAUAGAUUACUGUCACAAAAUACCCAGAAGAGAUCUGGAACUAAAACAGUUAAAAAUCUAUGAAUUCCUUAUAUAAUUCAUUGAAUAUGUCUCAUGCAAUUCAAGAAAACAACUUGACAAACUCAUGACCUAAUAUAGAAUUUCCAAAGAAAAGCUAGCUAGUAAUGGGGGAAAGUCCAUCCAUAGGGGAAAAUUAAAACCUGAAAAUGCCUCUGAGACACUUAACAGAAGUGAUCAACAAUCUGAUGCUCUCAGAUCAGAAGGCACGCUGCCUGGUUUAGGGAUGCUCCCCAUGCUCCAAGGUCAGGAAGAAAGAUUAGAAAGCUGCCUCUGUGGGGCUCCUCAAAUAUGCCAGGAAAACAAACAACAAUUUGUUGGCUAAAAGGCAGUGCUGAUUUUCCUCUUCAUAUUCUUCUAUUCUUUAAUCGUAGUAACAUAAAUUUUAAUCUAUUUCUCCAUAAAGCUAUUAUUUUCAUGGUGAAUUAAAACAGAAAUAAUGACUGUGAGCAUUAUCUGGUUUUCCUCGGGUGGUAGUCAUAUAAGCCGCCUCUCUUGAUCCAGUCCUCUCUGGUUUCUGUUUUUAAAGCUGCUCAAUGAUGUGAAUGAGAAGAGAGCUAACUAACUGCAAGGCCUUACCAGACUGGGUCUCGUUUCCUCGUUUAUAACAUUAUGGCGUUGGUCUGGCAUAGAUGACCUUAGUUCUUCCAGUCUUUGUAGGUAGUUGUGGAAGCAACUAUCAAAGGUAAAACUAGUCAAAACAACAAAUGAUAAAGAUUCCAUGAAGGGUGUGUGUGGUGAACAAACAAAUCUGCAGAAAGUGUUCUUUGAGAAGGACCAGUCUCUGACACAUCAGUCACCUGGCACUUACUGAUUCUUGAGUGAAAGAUUCUUUCAUCAGCAGUUUAAAUUUAAGAAUAAUUCCACAAUUAAACCCACCCAUUUUUUAACGUGUGCAACGCUUUUUCUCCCUUUGGUACUAAAGAAUAAAAAUGAAAGAGUGCUCUGUUAGAAGGCUGGUGAGGUGAUGAAGAUGAUUAAAUUUCAGUGGUCACUGCAAGAAACUACCUAAUGAAGGCUUUCUGAAGCAUUUCGUAUUUGAGUCAAUGCUAAGAUGAAUUAGGAACUUGUGGGCGCAGUCUCUGUAACUCCUUAUCCAGCUCUCAUCCCUGGCAUACAGGAGGGGCAGCUGCUAGUCUAGUACCCAUGUAGCCAAUAGCUGUUCAGGCCAAUGCACGCUGGGAAAAGAAAUACAACCUCACAGGAUUCCUACUGAUUUGAGUUUAUAGAGAUUUUAGUAGCUAGCACUAAAAAUAAAAAAUGACAUAUUACAGUCAUGUGUCACUUAACGAUGGGGUGAGUUCUGAGAAACAUAUCGUUAGGCGAUGUACCAACAUCAUAGCGUGUACUUACGCAAACCUAGAUGGUAUAGCUACUACACACCUAGGCUCUAUGGUACUAAUCUUAUGGGACCACCAUCAUACGUGCAGUCCAUCGUUGACCGAAACGUCCUUAUGUGGUACAUGACUGUAGCUGGCACCAAAAAAAAGUUGUAGUUGAACAGGGAGAGAUUCGAGUUUGCUUUACAGAACCUUGAUAAUUAGUUACUAAAGACCAGGGGGAUUUGUAAGAGAAAGGAUAUAUUUCAGUUUAUCACAAGAAUUCUUAAUCAAAGGGGCUCUAAAGAAAACCAAAAAUAGAAAAACUUCUAAUGAAUGCCACAACUUUACUGUUAUCUCUAGUUCUGUCUCCUCACAGGGUCUAGGGUCAAAUUCAGAAGCUCAAAACAUGGCACUCCCUGCUCCAACAGGAGCACAGAGCGCAAUUAUUAUACACUCUUCAUUUCCUGCAGGCAAGGGUCAGUUUUCUGGAGAUCUCAAGGUUUAAAUUCAAGAUAUGCUACAACAUCCUGCCUGUUCUUCAUUUUUCUCUCAAAAUAUCCUCUAUAAUUAUCAUGCAUAUUUAUUUCCUUAAAAGCAGGUUCCUUAAAUAAAUUUUUAAAAGAAUGAAGAGGUGCAGUUAAAAUAUUCAUUUUGGAGAACAAAGUUAGGUAUUUCAAAAUCCAAAAAGGCUAAAUGAAAGAAACUACAUGUAACUUUUAAAAAAUCUAAUUUCUGGUGAUGAAUAAGAAUUUAAUUAGAGGCAACAAAACUAUACUAAAUAAAGCGAGAGAUUCUGAGUACUAUUCCUCUCAUUAAACAUAAGUUCAUACAAUUUCUGGUGUAGAAUUUUUAAUAAAUUGUAAGGACGU